AUGUCUUUUUCCAAGGGGGCCACUCCUAAGGGCGUGCAAAAUGGCCCGGCUAUUUUGGAUGCCAGUGCGAUCCGUACUUUCAAGAUAGCACAUCAACGUAUUUCGCUUGAUGUGGAUCUCUCCACACAUAGCAUACGGGGCACAGCGGACAUAAUUCUGAUUCCGCUGAUACAAAACUUGGCAUUUAUCACGCUGGACUGUAAAGCAAUGAAGAUCAAAGAUGUGCUCGUUGAAAACAGGCGAUGUGAAAAUUAUAUUCAUGACGAUGCCGUGAGAACCUAUUCACAGAAGUAUACACAGAAUGCAAGAGAUCCACUAUUUGAAUUCAAUUCCAUCGAACAGUCUCACUUUUUCAGGGAGAAAUUUGCAGAUUUGAACGAGUUUCCAGAAGAAAAGACUAAAUCACAAUUAACCAUCAAGAUUCCGCCAUCGAUAAAGAUAACGUUACAGGAUGCAAACUCUUUGACUAAUUUCACGCCAAUUACUCCGUCAAUAAGAGGUACGCCGGCACAAGAUACUGUUUUCACUCCAAUAAGUAUAAGAAUAGAAUAUGAGGUCAACAAUCCCAGCACGGGUGUGCGGUUCGAUACAAUUUCCGAGACGCAACAGCAUUUGUGGAAUGUAUAUACUACUAAUUCGGAACUAUGCUGUACUGCAUCUUACUGGAUGCCUUGUGUCAACAUGCUGGAUGAAAAAUGUACAUGGGAAGUUGAAAUUAGCGUACCAAGAAAAGUGAAAGACAUUGGGACAUCAAAAAUUAUUGGCCAACAAGAAAAUAUUUCCAGAAGAUUACGUCCACAUAAACAAUCAGAAAUGGACCUGAAUCGUAACUAUAAUGAUAUAUCAGAUAAUGCAUAUACCACUCCUAAUGAUGUAAAGCAGGAAAAUGAAAAGAAGGUUCACGAUCAGGAAGAUGAGGAAGAAGAUGACGAAUACGAGAUGUUGGACGAGGAAGAUGAAAAUAAUACCUUAAAUAAAGAUAUCCAAGUAUGUUGUUGCGAGUUUUCCACUGCAAAGGAAACAUCUCAUCCAACAGAUUUGACUAAAAAGUUAUUUUCUUUUCAAAUAUUCAAUCCCGUUGCCCCACAUCAUGUUGGUUGGGCAAUUGGAGCAUUUGAUAUUUGGGUACUUCCUCCUCUACAGCAACAUGAAGAAACCUCUGAUGAUGAACAGGAUGAAAAUGAUGAAAGUAAGAAAUUAAGUCAAAAAUUCUCUAAUGAAAUGGUUGAUGAUACCGAAAAUAACGAUAUUAUACCGAUUCAAGUCUAUACUUUACCGCAAGGCGAUAUUGACGAGAAAACAGUACUCAACACCACUAUAGUUUCUCAGAAAAUAAUGGAUUUUUAUUCAAAAGAAUUUGGUUCAUAUCCAUUUGCCUCGUAUUCCAUUGUCUUCUUGCCGACUUUAGUCGAUCCAACAAUGGAUUUUGCAGGUAUGACUUUAAGUAAUACACGAUUAUUAUACCCGCCAGAGAUGAUUGAUUCAAUGUUUACAACUACAAAUCAUUUGGCUUGGGCACUAGCAACACAGUGGUCUGGAGUCAAUAUAACACCUUUAGAGAUGAACAAUAUUUGGUGCUGUUUGGGAAUAGCGGGUUAUAUGGUAUUCCAGUUAACGAAAAAACUGUUUGGUUCUAAUGAGCUUAGGUAUCGCUUGAAAAUGGCUGCAGAGAAAAUAGUGGAUCAGGACUGGGAGAAGCCACCUAUAGGUUCUGCUUUCACUAAUUCAUCGAGACCAAUUUCAUAUACGAGCAAAGAUCUGGAUUUCAUCAAGCUGAAAGCACCUAUGGUGAUGUUCAUCCUAGAUCGUCGUAUGAUAAAGACUGAAAGAUCUUUUGGAAUGUCUCGUGUUCUGCCGAAAAUUUUUCUGCAAGCUAUGUCCGGAGAUUUAACAAAUAAUUCACUCUCUGCUUCUCAUUUUCAGUACGUUUGUGAGCGCGUGAAUCGAAGUAAGCUAGAAGCCUUCUUUCAGCAGUGGGUUUAUGGGUCUGGCGUACCAAUCUUUCGUGUUACCCAAAGGUUUAAUAAAAAAAGGAUGAUGGUAGAAAUGGGUAUUAGGCAAUGCCAAGCGCAGGAGCUAGGUCAAGAUAAGGUUCUAGGAGCAGAGGGAUUCUGUUCUAGUGCUUUGAAUUAUAAGGAUGUUCCAUCCUUGAAUAGAACUCCCUUUUUUACCGGUUCAAUGACUAUCCGAAUUCACGAAGCAGAUGGAACCCCUUAUGAACACAUAGUGGAAUUGAAAGAUGUAUUCACUAAGCUUGAUAUCCAGUAUAACACCAAGUACAGGAAAUUAAGGAAUAAGAGAAUUCAGGCAACUAAAUCCUCAAAUAAGUCCUCAACACCAGAUUUAAUGCAUGAAGCUCUUAGUGCAUUUUCUGAUAAAUCGGAAAAUGGCCCUGUUCACAAGCUUGGGAACGUCCUCAGUAGUUCUGAUGAACUUGAUGUAUGGAAUUUGGUCGAUGUAUCCGUUUCUACAGAUGGAAACGAAUCUCAAAGGCAAAAUGAGGCGUUUGAGUGGAUAAGGAUAGACUCCGAUUUUGAAUGGAUAUGCAAAAUCUACGUUAAUCAAGCUGAUUAUAUGUUUACAUCACAGCUUCAGCAAGAUAGUGAUGUUGAAGCCCAAGUCGAAAGUUUAAGAUAUUUCGAAGAUGUUAUUGUUCAUGCUUCGGAUAAUUCUCAGAUAUACUCUUCCAUACUUACCAGGACAGCCAUGGAUAAACGCUAUUUUUACGGUGUGAGAUUAGAGGCGUGUAGAGCUCUUGCAAGAUUUAUUGUUAGAGAUCACGAACCGAAAAAUUUUAGUGGUGGUCCCAGGCAUCUUAUUCAUAUUUUUCGUGCUUUAUUUUGUUACAAAGAUUCCAACGUUCCGUUAAGCAACGACUUUACAAAUUUUCAGAAUUACUUCAUACAAAAAGGUAUCCUCAAAUACCUGAAGCUGAUCAAAAAUGAAAGAAAUGAGACACCAGAAUUUGUGAAACAUUUUCUUUUAGAUAUACUAACAUACAAUGAAAACUCAGAGAAUGCGUACGAUGACAGUCAUUAUUUAUGCGCUUUGAUUGAUGCGGUGGUUGACUGCGCCAUACGAAACCCCACAGAUGAGAAUUAUCUAACAAAAGUAAUCGAGCAACUUCGGAGAUAUCAAAACUUGGAAAAGUGGACGCCAACUUACCAGUUUUUAGUUAAAAAGGAGGUAAUAUCAGCGAAGCUACGGUUGACUAUGUCGGGCUUAUACGAGCUCAAUGAAUUGAACGAAAUUAUAGGUGAUACUCUAGAGGAAGAAACGCAACCAACAAAUCUUAACGUUCCACGGUUACGUGAAGGCUCUCAGGACAUUACACUGUGUGCUUUCAAGCUACUUUUGGUUGUUGGAGGUAUGAAAAACAAAGAAGCUCUGAAGUAUUUUUUUGAAACGUUAUGUUUUACACCAAACGUUUAUCUAAGAGAUAAAAUGGUGGAUGUUUUGUUUGAUGCUAUUGACUUCAUCGCUGUUAACAAAUUAAGUGACAGAUUAGAUGAUGAUAUUGAUUAUCUUGUCAAUAAAAUUAACCCUGAAGACUUAAGCUUAGAUAACCUCAAUGGAGACUCUGCAAUUGUAGAAGAGGAUACUAAUAGAGAGCUGAAGAAGAGACAGGAAGAAAAAUUGAAAACCACGAUCAGAGGACUAAUGCAAUUAUUGACAAGACAGUUCAAAUCCUAUGACCCCUUGAAAACAAUACUUUGGGGCGUGCUACGUGUCCCAGGACUGAGUUUGUAUCAAAAAAAAAGAUUAUUUGACUUGUCUAGAAUUUUAUAUCCUCUACUCGACAGUUUUGAAGUAGUAUUACCUAUGCCAAGGGACAAAAAGCUAGUAGCCAGCUAUGAUGAAAAUAACAAAGUGGUAAUUAAGAGAGAGGGACUCCUGAAGGUCCAUAUACCUUCGAAUAUAAAAAUAAAUGUGAAAUCAAAUGAAAAUGUUAAUCAAAAGCCCAAUUUCACAACGGUUACAGUGCCAAGCAACAAGGUGAAGAUUACUCUGAACAAACCAACAACUGCGAAACCGAAAAAGGUGGUUAAGCCCCCAAGCAAACUAAAACAAGCAAAAGGUACAGUAAACAGAGUCGGCGUGCUCCCUUUAAGGUUUGUGAAACUCUCGAUAGCUGAGAAAAAAAAGGUAGACAUUUCAUCUACACCAUUCAGCAAGAAUGUCCAAAUUAUAAAAGCUAAUAGCAGGUCAUUCACACUAAAAAUAUUGCUGCCAAAGAAGAAUAAUCAAAUUGGACAAUAA